GCCGUCUCCUCCGGCUCUUCCUUCUGGCUCUGCAGACGUCAGCGGCCGUUGGGUCCUAUGUCGCGCCGAGCCCUCCGGAGGCUGAGGGGGGAACAGCGCGGCCAGGAGCCCCUCGGGCCGGGAGCCCUGCAGUUUGACCUCGACGAUGAGGAUGACGCGGAGGAAGAAGGGCCGAGACGGAAACCGGGUGGCCGGCGCCCCGGGCGCGCAGGGAAGGAGGGCGUUCGAGUUAACAACCGGUUCGAGUUGAUCCACAUGGAAGACCUGGAGGAUGAUCCUGUGGUAAAUGGGGACAGGUCUGGUUGUGUCCUGGCAGAGCCCAUGGCAUCAGGGAACAAAGGAAGAAUCCAACACAGAAGUGCAGAGACCAAGAAGGACACCGAAGUGACUGAAGCAGUGCCACCAGAGCAGGGGUCUUUGUCCCCCAGAACCUCAGGUUGCGAGGACAACGUAGACAUGACUGGACAAGUACAGCUGGGGAGUCCCGACCCAGAGAGUCAGUCUCAUGGAAGUGGCAAACUCCGAAAGAAGAAAAAGAAACAGAAGAAUAAGAAAACCAGCAUGGGAGAACCAUUGGAAAAUGGGCUAGAAGAUAUUGAUCGCAUCCUGGAGAGGAUUGAGGACAACAGUGGGUUCAGCCGCCCAGGGCCCCCUCCCCUGAGCGCUAAGAAGCACGUCCUGUAUGUGGAACACAGACACUUGAAUCCAGACACAGAGCUGAAGCGAUAUUUUGGUGCUCGUGCUGUCCUGGGUGAGCAAAGGCCUCGGCAAAGACAGCGCAUGUAUCCCAAGUGUACGUGGCUAACAACUCCCAAGAGCACCUGGCCCCGGUACAGCAAGCCAGGUCUAUCCAUGCGGCUGUUGGAAUCCAAGAGAGGCAUGUCCUUCUUUGCCUUCGAGCACAGCGAGGAGUAUCAGCAGACACAGCACAAGUUCCUGCUGGCCGUGGAGUCCAUGGAGCCCAAUAAUAUUGUGGUCCUGCUCCAGACAAGCCCCUAUCAUGUGGACUCACUCCUGCAGCUCAGCGAUGCCUGCCGUUUCCAGGAGGACCAGGAGAUGGCUCGCGACCUUGUUGAGAGAGCAUUGUACAGCAUGGAGUGUGCCUUCCAUCCGCUGUUCAGUCUCACAAGUGGGACUUGCCGGCUAGAUUACCGCAGACCUGAGAACAGGAGCUUCUACCUGGCCCUCUACAAGCAGAUGAGCUUCCUGGAGAAGCGGGGCUGCCCACGCACGGCACUUGAGUACUGCAAGCUCAUUCUGAGCCUGGAGCCAGACGAGGACCCCUUGUGCAUGCUGCUGCUUAUUGAUCACCUGGCCUUGCGAGCCCGAAACUACGAGUACUUGAUCCGCCUCUUCCAGGAGUGGGAGGCUCAUCGAAACCUGUCCCAGCUGCCAAAUUUUGCCUUCUCUGUCCCGUUGGCGUAUUUCCUGCUGAGUCAGCAGACGGAGCUCCUGGAGCACGAGCUCAGCUCCGCCAGGGAGAAGGCUUCCCUCUUGAUCCAGCAGGCCCUCAUCAUGUUCCCUGGAGUUCUCAUGCCCCUGCUGGAGCACUGCAGCGUGCGACCAGAUGCCACCGUCUCAAGUCACCACUUCUUUGGACCCAACGCAGAGAUCAGCCAGCCCCCUGCCCUGAGCCAGCUGGUGAGCCUAUACCUCGGGCGGUCACAUUUCCUGUGGAAAGAACCCGCCACCAUGAGCUGGCUGGAGGAGAAUGUCCGUGAGGUUCUGCAGGCCGUGGAUGCUGGGGAUCCCUCCGUGGAGACUUGUGAGAACAGGCGGAAACUGCUGUACCAGCGUGCCCCUAGGAACAUCCAUCGUCAUGUGAUCCUGUCUGAGAUCAAGGGGGCCGUGGCUGCUCUCCCUCCGGACGUGACCACGCAGUCUGUGAUGGGAUUUGACCCUCUGCCUCCAUUAGACAACAUCUCUUCCUACGCCAGGCCUGAGAGACUAAGUCCCGUCAGCCAUGGAAACACAAUCGCCCUCUUCUUUAGGUCUCUGCUGCCAAAUUACACCAUGGAGGUGUGUCUCAUUGUCACAGGGGGAGAGGCCAGAGGAAGGAGUCGCCGGGGGUCUGAACCACAACCAGGGCUUGAACAGGUUGAUGCUAGCUGUGCGGGACAUGAUGGCCAACUUCCACUUCAACGACCAGGAGGCACCGCAAGAAGACGACCCCGAGGGCGAGGGGGAGUGGGACUGAGCUGUCUGCACGAGCAGCAUCCCACAUUGUACAAUUAUGUUCCUGAUUUGUGUUCUGGUCGGAAUUGGCCAGUCCCUUGAAGUAGAAAAGCUGGAUGUA